AUGCCAAAGAGGGCUAAGAACCAAUCCAGCAUCAAUGACUACUUCAAGAGGAAGCAGGAUAAGAUAAUUGACGCUCUAGAAGAUGCAGGUAUUGUUGUGCCUGCUGGCGUGCUGCCAGUAACCAGACUGCUUACAUCAGUACAAAAGCUACGGAAGAAAGAGCUGCGCGAUGAACUACACAGAUUUUAA